AUGACGUCCAAGACUGCCUGUGUUGUUGGGGCUGGAGCAGCAGGGAUAGCGACACUGAAGGAAUGUCUAAAGCAAGGGUUCGAACCUGUCUGCUAUGAGUUAGACUCAGACGUAGGCGGAAUCUGGUGCAAGAAAGACUACUCCCAGCCCACCAACACCCCCGCUGUUUGGAACAACCUGAUCAUGAACUCGUCCAAGUUCAACAGUUGCUAUAGUGACCUGCCUCCACAGUUUGAGGACACUCUCUACCUAACAGCUGAGGUGAGGAGCACGUUGCUCUUACAGUCAGUGUCGAAGUAG